CGCUCUGUCCCCGCCUCUCGCUGGCUGGCGCCGCGUUUUCCCGCCCGCUCCCGUCUCAGGCGUCCUCCUGCUCGGCGAUGGCGGCGGGCUUGCCGGGCGAGCUGGCCCAAGCCGUGGCCGGCGCGCGGCUGCUGGUGGUGGGCGCCGGCGGCAUCGGCUGCGAGCUCCUCAAGGACCUGGUGCUCACCGGCUUCCCCAGCAUCGACGUGAUUGAUCUGGAUACCAUUGAUGUCAGUAAUCUCAACAGACAAUUUUUGUUUCAAAAGAAGCAUGUUGGAAGAUCAAAAGCACAGGUUGCCAAGGAAAGUGUGUUACGGUUUCAUCCGGAAGCUAAUAUUACAGCUUAUCAUGACAGCAUUAUGAACCCUGACUAUAAUGUGGAAUUUUUCCGGCAGUUUACUCUGGUUAUGAAUGCCUUGGAUAACAGAGCUGCCCGUAACCAUGUGAAUAGGAUGUGUCUGGCUGCUGACAUCCCCCUUAUAGAAAGUGGAACUGCGGGCUACCUUGGACAAGUGACAGUCAUCAAAAAGGGAGUGACAGAGUGUUAUGAAUGUCAUCCUAAACCAACCCAGAAAACCUUUCCAGGUUGUACAAUUCGCAACACUCCUUCUGAACCCAUUCACUGCAUUGUGUGGGCAAAGUAUUUGUUCAAUCAGUUAUUUGGAGAAGAAGAUGCCGAUCAGGAAGUGUCUCCUGACAGAGCUGAUCCUGAAGCUGCUUGGGGGCCAGCCGAAGCAGAGGCCAGAGCAAGAGCAUCUAGUGAAGAUGGUGACAUUAAGCGUGUUUCAACCAAGGAGUGGGCUAAAUCAACAGGAUAUGACCCAGUUAAACUCUUCACUAAGCUUUUCAAAGAUGACAUCAGAUACCUGCUAAUGAUGGAUAAGCUGUGGAGGAAAAGGAAGCCUCCAAUGCCCUUGGACUGGAAUGAAAUACAAAAUCAGGAGAACAGCACCGCUGAUCAACAGAAUGAGUCUCCCUUGGGCCUAAGGGACCAACAGGUUUUAGAUGUCAAGAGCUAUGCACGCCUCUUUUCUAAGAGUGUGGAGACCCUGAGGGCUCAACUUGCAGCAAAAGGUGAUGGAGCUGAACUUAUAUGGGAUAAGGACGACCCUUCCGCGAUGGAUUUCGUCACUUCUGCUGCAAACCUCAGGAUGCAUAUCUUUAGUAUGAAUAUGAAGAGCAGAUUUGAUAUCAAAUCAAUGGCGGGAAACAUCAUCCCUGCUAUAGCCACAACUAAUGCCAUUAUAGCUGGCCUGAUUGUGCUGGAGGGCUUAAAGAUUCUCUCAGGAAAAAUAGACCAGUGCAGGGCAAUCUUCCUUAACAAGCAGCCAAACCCAAGGAAGAAGCUGCUUGUUCCCUGUGCUCUGGACCCUCCAAAUCCAAACUGCUAUGUCUGUGCAAGCAAGCCAGAGGUCACGGUGAAACUUAACGUCCACAAAGUCACAGUGUUAACACUGCAGGAUAAGAUAGUGAAAGAGAAAUUUAAUAUGGUAGCACCAGACGUCCAAAUAGAAGAUGGAAAAGGGACGAUUCUCAUCUCUUCAGAAGAAGGAGAAACGGAAGCAAAUAACCACAGAAAGUUGUCAGAAUUUGGGAUCCGAAAUGGCACUCGGCUGCAAGCAGAUGAUUUUCUGCAGGACUAUACUCUGCUGAUCAAUGUACUGCAUAGUGAAGAGCUUGAGAAAGAUGUGGAGUUUGAAGUGGUUGGUGAUGAAGUGGUUGGCCCCAAACCUUCUGAACAACCUGCUAAGAAUAUCACCAAUGGCAGCGAUGAUGGGGCCCAGCCGUCCACGUCAACAGCUCAAGAUGAAGAUGAUGAUGUACUGAUUGUUGAGACUGAAGAAGGUCCUUCAAGCAAUGCCGAUGACACAGACAGUAAAAACCGCAAGCGGAAGCUGGAUGACAGAGAGCACACGAGCACCAAGCGGAUGCGCUCAGAGCCCCCCACGGAAGAGCAAGACGACGUCAUCGCUCUAGACUGAGUGCUGGCACAUGGGAUGGACCAGCAGGGUGGUUGUGGAGAGGUGUGAAAUGUCCCGAGCUAGACUCUGGCCUCUGCUCGAGAGAGAGAGAGAGAUGCUGCCUCUGGUUUGCAGAGUCUCUGCCAUUCUCAUUCAGUAGAAUUUAGAACUUCUCCAAUAUGCUAUACAAAAUAUAGUAGACGCCUAGUUUAUAAACAGGUAAACAGUCAUGAGAACAAAGCAUGUUUUUGUAUAUAAUGUUCAAAGGACACACAGUAUGGGGAAAUAAGGCAACUCCCGUUUCAAUGACGUGGUUUUUACCACUUGAUAACUCUGGAGAGGUUUUUAAUUCUGGCUAGAAAACAUUGAAGAGCUCAGGCUAGCUCUCGUCAUUUUUCACACCCUCAAAGCAGAAUCUUGGAAGUGAAGAUGUGCCAUGUUUUAGAUGCCUAGUUGGCACAAAUGUACAUUACUGUAAAACCAUGUUAGCUUGCUCUUUCAGCUAGAACUGCCUGGUGUGUCGGUGUUGGAAGCAGAGUUCAGUGUACUGUUACAGUUUCAGGUUAUUUAUAUGGGAUGUUGUGCAGAACUGAAGCGCUCCUACUCAGCCAUUCAUUUGAUGGACCAAAUAAUCAUCCGAACGACCUGCUACGUGUGUCUGCACAGCCCACUUGCGUGCUGAUCUGAGGAUUUGUAAAGUGUCUACGGUCUUGGUACUUAAUACUGUAUUAAUCUGGUUUUAAACACCCUACAAGUAUAUAGUACAGGACUCUUCAAAACAUCUUUUGUUGGAGUUGAAAAGGGAGGUUUUUUUAAUAAAACAUUUUGUCACUCA